AUGGAUACGAUUAAGUAUGUCUUUGAAAAGCCUGCAUUGACCGGAAGAAUUGCUCGUUGGCAGAUGCUCUUGUCCGAAUAUGACAUUGAGUAUCACACCCUGAAAGUUAUCAAAGGAAAUGUCUUGGCCAAUCAUUUAGCUCAUCAUCCAAUCGACGAUUAUGGGUCUAUAAAUUUUGAAUUCCCAGAUGAAGAUAUUAUGUACUUAAAAGCCAAAGAUUGCAAUCAACCGCUGCCAAAUGAAGGGCCAGAGCCAGGUUCUCAGUGGGGUUUAAUAUUUGAUGGAGCAGUUAAUGCUUAUGGUAAUGGUAUUGGGGCAGUAGUCAUCACUCCUCAUGGAUCACGUAUCCCUUUUACUGCAAGAUUAACAUUCAAGUGCACGAACAACAUGGCGGAAUACGAAGCCUACAUCAUGGGUCUAGAAGAAGCCAUUGAUCUUAGAUUAAAAAAUCUCGAUGUUUAUAGAGACUCAGCUCUAGCUGUCAAUCAAAUUAAAGGAGAAUGGAAAACUCUUCAAAUCGGCCUAAUCCCAUACAAAGACUAUGCAAGGAGGUUAUCUACUUUCUUCAACAAGAUUGAACUUCAUUACAUCCCUCAUGAGGAAAAUCAAAUGGCAGAUGCCUUGGAUACUUUGGCUUCCAUGAUCAUUGUGAAUUGUUGGAAUGAUGUGCCUAAGAUCAUUGUUAUGUGUCUUGAUAGAUCUACUCAUGUAUUUGCAAUGGAAGAAGUCUCUGAUGACAAGCCAUGGAGAAAGUGGACUCCUGAUUAUGAUGGCCCAUAUGUUGUCAAGAAAUCCUUCUCCGGUGGGGCCUUGAUUCUUACAAAUAUGGAUGGUGAUGAGCUUCCACAUCCUGUGAAUGCUGACGUAGUUAAGAAAUACUUCACCUAG